GUUGUGUAAUUGAGAGUCCCUGGGGGCUGUAUUGUCACAUAUAGUUUCACAAAAGACUACGUAGUUAACACACAGUCUCUCUAAGUACACUAUAGUGAUGAUCUAAGUAGGAUAUAUCGUCUGCACAGAAGUUUAGUUACUAAAACGAGCUUGCCGAUAAGUAAACAAAAUGGAAGCCUAUGGACCUGUUAACGGAAGAAUACCAUAUAUACACAUGCUGUUUCUUCUACUGUCAUUGGUAAUGCCUGUAUCCAGGGCAUGCACUGUACCCCAGCCGAAACCUUCGUAUAAGGAGGAAUGUGACUGCCAUUACAGUGGAAAUGACGUCUCUAUGACGUGUUACUCUGACGUAGAGUGUUACAACCCAAAUGAUACCACAUAUCAUUACGAUGCUAUGUGGGCUGGAUACUAUGCCAACGAUACCGAUCAUGAUUUGUCCGAUGAGUCCCGGUACCGGAACGAUAAACGUAGCGAAAACCUUGGAGAAGACCUGACCAGGUUUAUGGCGACUUUGACCAUUUCGGAUGUUUCCGACGAGGAUUAUCAUAGAAGAUUUAUUUUCUUCAUUGAUUCUGACUACCGCGACAUGAAAGACCUUCUUUUUCUCCCUAUUUUAUGUAACAAAACAGAGAUGAAAAUGAUGAUAGUCGACACACCACCUAAUCUGAUUCCCAUAGUGGCUGGUCUAGUUGCAUUCCUUGUCGUUUGUGCUUUGUUUGUGUGCUGUGCGGUUUUCAACCUACCGUUUCUGAAAUAUUUCUUACUCAGUUGUCGUGGACGAGGAAUAUUACGCAAGAGACCAAAUACUGAACACUUGAAGUACGACACGGCUCUACUGUACGACACUUAUGAUGUGAAAGCCCCGCUCAUUGCGAGAAGUCUUGCCGAAGAACUCGUAUCACAAGGCUAUGAUGUGUCGUCUGCCGAUGACGUCAGCGGAGGAGAAAGAGAAUUUAAAGAACUGGACCUUAUUCCCGAUAGUGCUUCUGUGAUCUUUAUUGUUACACAAGAUUCUGCGACUGACAAAUUACUUACUUUAGCCAGAGAUAUAGCUACAAUAUAUAAAUCAUCAAAAGAACAAAUCCUCGUGCAUACCGAUCACGUGCCUUCAGAAUUCAGACAGUGUAAACUUUUAACUCUCACUUGGUUUGAAGAUGUUAGGAAGAAGAAAUCCAAUGAAAGUCAGGAAAAGUACUGCGUGGUUUCAACCGUAGAAUCAGACAAUGACUUUGGCAAUGCUCCAAAUGGAAACGCUAAUGCUACGUGUACUAUAGAAACACAUUCAGAACAUUCUCAGAAAAGUAAAGACAAUGCCUGUUUUAUCUUUCGUGUUUACAGAAAAUGGAAACAGAGGAAAUUCUACAAAGCGUUACAGUUAGGUCUUUCGACGGCUUUCCGUGUGAAUAAUGACAAGACAUCUCUACAAAACACCCAAAACAUUUCAGUUGAAGUUCAUUGAUAUGAAAGGAAGAUUAACUAUCAUACUGAUGAACUUAAAAUGCGGAUUACGUUUAAUAAAUACGUUUAAUGUGUGAUAAUCCUAGAACGCUUAUUGUUCACAGGUAAGUUGUCAGUAUCAACACGGAGACUAAAAUGUCUGUGUUUUGUAACUUGAUCCAGAGUGACUGUCAAAAUUCUUACAUGAAGAAAGCUUGUUGAAAGAUGUUGAAUGUGUGUGGUUCAUUUUAGUUUACUGGGAAUACAUGUAUGUUACCAGCGCUCUGGUAGUGAAAACAUAUACAGUCUAACUUCGAUGUUUCGAAGUUUAAGGGACUAACAGAAAAACUUCGAAACAGCGGGACUUCGAAUUAUUCAUGGUUGACAAUUGAUCGAUGUUUUCUUGAUAAUGACCAUAGCUGUUAACGUAACAUGUCCUCGGUGUCUUCGUGGUCGCCUUUCAUGCUCACAUCGAAAUGUUAAGUUAAUUUACCUCAAACACAACAAAAUAGAAAAUACUUUUCAUCAAUUAAGCAUCUUAUUAAUUAAACAAAUUAUGUAUUGUUUACAAAACAAUUAUAUCACGUUUCAAAGAUAACGCAAAAGAAGUAUAUUGCACACCUACGUUAACGUUUUUCUGUACAAUGUAAAUGAUAUUAGAGUUGUUUACGUUUUCCUGUACAAUGUAAAUGAGAUUAGAGUUGUUUACUGAAUAUAUUCUAUGUUGAAUAGAAUAAUUAUAAUUAUAAUCUGCAUACACAUGUUUUAUACGAGAAGGAAAAUAACAAAAAACACAAUUUAAUACAAAUUAUUUAAUGAACUAUGAUACAAAAUGAAAUUCUAACGAAACAACAAGGAAUCAAUAUUCUCAAGUUGGUCCUAGGUUAAACAUAGAAGCAAAAGGUCAGUGAGGCGCUGAGCCUUAACAGGUUUGAUGUAAAAUAAAGCAAUAUGUUGCAUAAAACUUCAUUUGUAACAAUUCAAAUAAGUUAUAUAACAAAAUAUGUAGCAUUAAAUUAGAAAUGAUUUCGAUUUCUGGCGAUUUGAAAGAUGAUGUAAAAUAAAUAUUGCUUUAAAUGGAGUUCAUGGUAGUGUAAAUGUAGUGCCUAUACAUUGAAAAUUGUCAUUAAUUAAGAUGUUUGCCUCCAAAGAAAGCAAAUGUUAUGCACUGUAUAAAUAUGUGAGAAUUCUAUGAAUAAUUCUCCAUAACCUCUAUAAAUAAUUCAUGGCUGUUAUUUAUUUAUUUACUUAUUUUUCAAAAAACAGUGUGGUCAUUAGUAGCAAAACGGAGAGAAGGAAAUAUGACAUUAACGCGAUGGUCUUGCACCAUAAUGCAUAUAAUAAUAUGUACACUUUGUAUUCACAAUGACCAUUAUCACAGAAAUGCUUUGAAAAUAACUUUUUUUUUCAAAAAAAUGUUAUGAUCAGGGAUAUCACAUAUAUGCAAAAGGGAACAUGGACUCAUCUGUAGCUUAUCACAAAUGCAUAGAUAUUGUUUGAUCGUCAUUAGGAUAAAACCUUCAAUGAUUAUAAUUUAAGUUGACAAAUGGCACGUGCAUUAACAUUAUCUAAGGGAAGACAAUAUGAUUACUAAAUUUUCCCUAUCUGAUGUAGAUAUAAUUAAUUAACAUAAUUUAUUAACACAUCUAAAGUAAACUUAUCCGUUUAAAUUGCUCAAAAUGUUACACUUCUACAUAUACAUCGGGAACAAAAUUGGCACUACUAUUAUUUAAUUGUAUUGUAAACCUUCAAAAUCCUAUUUUGGCGCUUUUACAUUUUAGCGCAAAUCUAAGAUAAGAAAUAUUAGGGCCGUGAUGAAUUGGCGUUUCCGUAAUGUUUUUACUGAAACGGCAUACUUAGGUGCGAAAACAGUUUAGAAUUGGGCGAAUGUAUUACGUUGACAUUACCUAGAUGGUCAUUAAAUUUCACUGAUUGCAAUUGCAAAUUUCAAAAUUAGUUGUAUUGACAAUGUAAGAUUUGAAUUCAAAAUUUAGACUGGCUAUACUGUACCGAAGCGGUUUAUGAGGAAAGAACACUACGUCUUUUUUGAAAUGCCACAAAUAAACGUUGGCUAAUUCAAGUUAACAUUAUAUAAUUUAAUCUACAGUUGUGUUCUUAAUUGGACGCAUUGAUUAACAGCGGCGUCAUUUAGUGUAUUAAGGGGCGGGGGGUAGCCAAAGGAGAACCUUGUUUCAAGCAGGACUAAUUUAUCUAGGAUUUUGAGAAUCCAUUGAACGUGAUCCGAUACAUAAUAUCACAUAUAUCAACAAAAGUGUUUUUAUUGGUAAAGUUUCUUGGCUAUGAGAAAUGUAUGUAUGAUUCUAGAUAUUUUUACUAUGUCUUGCAAAGAAAUAUGCAGUAUACAAGUGUACAUUUCAAUGUAUAAUAAAUAUUCGUUGGAUAUUCAUUUUUGCAGUAAUAACCGCGAAUAUAAUGAAUUUUUAAUUUAAUUUGCAUUGUAAUUUAUCAUUUUGCUAACUUGUAAAAUUACAUUGAGACUAUAUCUACAUUUAACUGCUAUUUCUUUAUUGAAAUAUUUGAUUUUAUCAUUUCAAAAAAUCGAAUUAUCACAUAGAUGAUAAAUAAAAUGUUUUGGAUCUUACUGUUUGAUUUAGCUGAUCGGUAGGGUUGUGCCAUGAAAAAAUAACAUGGCCAUUUCUAGUUAAAAUAGUUGUCAUAAAACGCUAUUAUAAUCAUAAUGAAAUAUUGACAGUAUGUAAAUAUGUUGAUGCUUUAACACGAAAGGUUCAGACCUGUCUUUAUUAAAUUAUCAUAAUACGGUUCUGAGAAGUAACCCUAUUUCAAUUAUAAAUAGAACAAUAUAAAUGAUUUCCACUUACCAAAUUCAAAAAAAUGAAAUUGGUUUGGUCUAUACACUGAAUGAUAUAUACUUAUGAAACUUAAUUAGAAUUAAUUAAAACAUAACAUUCUAACAUUUAACUAUGUUUUCAACAACUUAAUAUCGGAAGAUCUACAUAUUGCUAAUUGUUUAGUAUUGAUUAAUUUCAUGAUAAUGUUACAGUAUUAUUCUGUUACUAAUACACGGGACAAACUAAGACUUAGUUAAGGUACUCAUUAGUUAUUGUUGUUAAAUUCUGCAACUGAAUCCUGGUCAAAAAUAGAAGACAAAAAGUUUACAAAUAGGUUUGUUAUGAUAUAAAGCAAUAUUCCUAUAGUGGAAUACAGCAAAAUUGUGAAGGCAAAUAUAAUUAUCCUCGUUUUGUCGAUUCUUUGAUUAGUUUAAAUUUUGUUUUUAUAAAUACUAUAACGUAAGCGAAAUGUAUUUCAUAGGUAGUUCAUAUCUUAUAUGUAACUACAAUGGCUGCAGCUGUCAGAUAUAUCAUUCCAGUACGUCUAUACGACUUUCGAUAUGCAAAUGAAUUAGAUAAUAUAUAUUUUCUAGCGCAUAAGCAUACACGAGAAAGCAUGAGAAAUGUUUAUAUUACUUCAGACAGAGACCUAUACUAAUAGUAUAUAGGUCUCUGCUUUAGAUUUGCAUUUUCAUUAAGUUGUAUACUCUAUUUACUAUGAUGUAAAUACUCCGAAUGAUAUGCUGUAAAUUCUCUAAUUAAUAUGCUAUAAAAUGAUUAACAUU